AUGGAUGCGUACGACAACGCGUACUUCAUCAUUGCUCGAGCGAGCCGCGCGGCUCGAUGCGUCGACCGCGCCAGCGUUCCUCGCCGGCUGUUCGUGCCAGGCAGGCAACGACGACGCCAGGAUGUGCGACGGCGAAUCGUCGUCCUCCUGCUUCGGACGCGCAAACCGCCCCUGUCGCGAGCGCAGUCGAUCGUGGACGAACUGCUGGACGAAAUCAACGUGGGCCUCCACAAGCAGAGGCCCACGCGCCGUUUCAGCGCCGACAGUGACGCCUGCGCCACCGACUGUUCCAUCCUCAGUGCGGCCAGCAUUAGGGCCGAAGUCAGGUGCUACUCGAGGCAGCAGCUCGCGGCGAAAGAUGAGUCCGAGCUCCGGCGGAUCGCGAAGCACCUCCAGGAGGUCAUCGUGAAACUCAACUCGACGCUGGUGACUCUCCUGCGGCAGCGGGACCGGCAGCUGACCCGCAGGGGACACCACUACGACCUCGUCACAGCCGUCCUGCAAGCGGUGUCGCUCAAGAGACGUGUCGAUACCCGUAUGCGAUUCAGCCUGGAGCCAGGUCGCGGCGAAUCCGGGUUCGCCCAGUGGAUGGACGCCACGAAGAUCGUCGUCCGGCUACCCGACGGUAUUCCGGCAGAGUUUCGAAAAAAGAUCUGGCUUACGCUGGCGGAGCGCUACCUGGCGAGCCGGGACCUGGACUGGGAGGCGACGGCACGGUUCUGUUUCAACGAACGCUGCAACCCUGACGACGACAACCUUGGCGUGCAAAUUGUCAAGGACCUCCACCGUACGGGCUGCAGCCUGUUCAGCGGCGAGCAGGCGGAGCAGAACCAGGCGCUACUCAAGAGGGUCUUGCUGGCGUAUGCGCGCUGGAACAAGUCCGUGGGCUACUGUCAGGGUUUCAACCUGCUCGCCGCCUUCGUCCUCGAAGUGGUCGAGUGGUGCGACCAGGAUGCGCUCAAGAUGAUGAUCUACCUCGUGGAAGGCGUGCUUCCGGAAGGCUACUUCGCCAACAACCUUCGCGGCCUCUCCGUCGACAUGGCCGUGUUCCGGGAGCUGCUGCGGCUGCGGCACAGCAACUUGGCCACGCACCUCGACAGGCUUCAAGCCGGGGAAAGCAAGGCCGGUCUAAACUACGAGCCCCCGCUGACGAACGUGUUUACGAUGCAGUGGUUCCUGACGCUGUUCACCACGUGCCUUCCGCGUUCGCUGGUAGUGCGCGUCUGGGACCUCAUCCUGCUGGAGGGAAACGAGGUGCUCCUGCGCACCGCCAUCACCAUCUGGGAGGGGCUGGCAGACCGCAUCAUGACCGUGGGAAGCGCAGACGAGUUCUACAGUGUGAUGGGCGUGCUCACCCGGGAGAUGGUCGAGUUCGGCGUCAAGGACCCCCACGAAUUCAUCGUGGCCAUCUGCGACGUGUCCAGGGUGCCUAUCCCUCAGCUGUCGGAGUUGCGCGACCGCUACACGUACAACAUCAGGCCCCUGCCGCCCGCGACGGCACCGAGUCGCCACGGGCUCUGGCUCUUCCUGGGCGACGACGAGGAGAACGACGCCGACUCGGACCACCAGAUGAUGGUGGCUGCCGCCUUCUGCGGCAUCUCGAACGCCUUCCUCGUCGCCAAGAACAGAGGCCAGGGAGCCGUCCACGCUUCCCUACCGAGCCCACUGGAUCCUAGUCGAAUGACACUGGACAUCUCGACACUUAAGAGGCAGUACUCAAGACUCAGACAGCGACAACGCCAAGCUCAUAUCAUUCUCACAGGAAACCUGCAGCCUCCUGCAUCGUCACGACCUCAGAGAAUAUCGCUGGGCGUUCCAGUAAACAACCUCCUCGCGGGCCAAAAGCCAAUCGUACGGAGGUCUCGCCCACCGCCGCCUACGCACGCCGUGCCCACCGGCUUGCCGGCCGCCUACUCGGCGGCAACGCCGGCUAGCGGCGUCACGUCUGCGACACGAGUCUCUCCGCGCGUCGCCGCCGUAACGGUCGCAUCGACUUCGAGCACAUCGCCUUCGAGCUCACCUGUCGCCAACGCGCGGUCCCAUUCAACCGCCGCCACGCUCAAGACCGCGCGAAAGGCGUCGCCUCGCGUAACCACGAGGGACCCGAUACCCGUCGAAACGCUUUCGUGGGAGCAAGCCAAGAAGCUCAAGGCCGGGAGGGACGACAGUAGCAGCUGUUCGAGUUCUUCGUCGACCGAACUGUGCGACGACAAGAAUAACAGGUCUUCGUCGCCCGACGAACCGCCGCCACCCGCCAGGAAGGAAAGCGGCGAGAAACAAGUCAACGACACCGACUCGAAGGCUCCGCCGCCGCCUUUGCCGGAUAAGAAGCCCCCGCGCCGGUUAAAGAACGGAGCGUACGACAAGACAUCCGACAGCUCGCUGUCGUCUUCGUCGUCGUCCUCCGAAGAGGAGGAAAGCCGCAGCCGGCGGGCCAAGCGUCGCCACGACGCUCACGACGCCGCCGAGAACGCGCAGCCGAAGCUUCCUGCGCGACGUCUGGCUGAAGGGUUCAAGCCCGCAGCGGCUGGCGCCGUGAGAAAAUCGGGGGUUCGCGCCACUUUGGUUAGACACCAGGAACCAAUAAGCCUAGACGACGACGACGACGGUUCCUACAAACCGGACGACGAGAGCGACGGCUCGAGGAACUCGUCGUCGGAGAGCUUGUCGUCGGACGAGGAAGAGCAACCUUCUUCGAAGCUGGAGACCGUCAGUUCUCUGGCGGAGGCGUCUUCCGCGCUGGACGACUCGUCGCGUUCCCUAGAGGAGAGGCAACCGCAAAAGCCGGCGCCCGACUCCCUCAGCUCGGAGACGGAAAGCUCGAGAAACACGUUCUCCAACAUGGUGCUCUCAGGUUCGGACAAGUACAACAUAAGGACGUCCUCCGAGGCGUCGAGCUGGAAGUCUUCAAGCGACGCCUGCCUAACGACGUCCUCGUCGAGCGGACCGCCACCGCCGUCGGAAGCGGGCAGCAGGAAACCGUCCGACGAGCAGGCGAACCACGGCAAACUCUCGGACGAAGAGUUUCAGAGGCUGUCCAGGAAAUUCAGCCAGUCGGCGCUGUCCGACAGGCAGGCUCAGCGAAUGGCGUCACGAAACACCAGCCGACGAGGAACCGACGAACUGGGAGCUCCCCAGCGGCUCUCGCCCAACAUCGACAGGUCGUCCUCGGAGGACGCGGACCGGAAGCUCUCGCUGGGCUCUCCACCGCGGUGGCCGCCGAGACGCACAAACACCUCGGACGAAACGAGCGGCGACUCGCCUUCGACCGAACUGGAAAGGUUUCGCCGGGACUCCAGCAAGCGGGGUUCGGCGAGCAGCGAGAUGAGCUCGUCCGCGCUGAGAAAGUGGUCCUACAAGUACGACAGCAGGAACACGUCCAACGACGUCAGUUGGAGGUCGUCCGACACGGACUACCAACAGUCGUCGCUCCGUUACGAGAGGUCCAUCUCGGAAGAGGCCGACGACGGCGACGUUGCACCCGGAGACGGCGCAUCUGCCAGACCUUGCUUACUGAGGGAAGACAGGACGGGCUCUUUCAGGGCCAGCCAGGAAUCUAUCGAUGGCCGGCUGCUGCCCUACGACUCGUCGUCUGGCCGAGAGCCGAUGUUUCCGGGGGAGAAACGACGCGGCUCAUCGCUGACCUGUAACACGCUCGCAACGCUAAACGAGAUGCUUUUCGAGAAGGCCGAAGAAGACAUUAGCCAGGAAGCCAGCCAGGAGGCGAGCCAGGAUUUUAUUAGGCACAGCGAAUCGAGUACUUCGAGCUCGCACCUAAUGUCUCCCAACAAGGAACUUCGAAGAUCGGCAUUUUUGCUGGGACAGAAGGUGUCCCCGGACUCCGGCGUGCACACCGUGGCCGACAGCGAGAGCAAGGCGGCCGCGGACGAGGUUUCGGGGGACCACCACGACGACUACUCGACGCCUUCCGCACAUCCGCGAUCCCCCGAAGUCGCGCCCCGCAAGUCCUCGCUCAAGUUCGACGCCUCCAAGUUCUUCGAGAGUCUGGCUCACGCGACGUCGGUGACGCGAGGUGCCCGCUGCGCGUCCGAGGGCUCAGCAACGGCGCUAGGAGGGCACUCCGGCGCGGAUUCAGCUAGGCCUAAGACAGCUCGGUCACUGAGCACAGACGCCACCAUGAUGACGACUUCGGGACAAUCCGGUGGCUCGGGUGUGGGCGACGGUACGACGUCCCUUCCGUCGAUUCGGCGACAGAGGUUUCUAUCGGGCGACGUCGGCGACUCGAGGGUCACCCCUCCGACGUCACCGAGACGCUCGGUGGGAGAGAACUACAACCCGUUUCCCACGCGGAGAACUUCGUUCACGGGCUGCAUCAGCGACUUCAAGGUGAAACUGGGAUUGUAUUCUUCGCAGGGCAAGCCGGCUGUGGCUCCGGAUUCGAAUGGUUGUAAGACGACUUCCAUGAAGAGUUAACCAACAGCCCAAUGUGCAUUACGUUCUAGGUCGUCGGGCUCGAAGCACGCGCGAGUACACGCGAGAUCACGAGCCGCCGCAGCGACUGCCCUGUGCCCGCGCAGGCAGACCUGCCUCUCUUAUCAUACUGCCUAGCGGAGAAGCCUCUUACGCCGAGACACGACGCCUGUCGGAAAACCCCCGAGACGAAGAAGAAGAGAAAAAAAAAUAUUCUGCUGGGAACUUCACAACGAAGUUUUGGCUGCAGUGCCUGGACGUGCUUGCAGAGAUGCUUACUGGAAUACGUGUGCACAUCUUCCUGUAUCCGUUUCCGCGCUCCUGAACUGUGUUGCUGUUUUCUUUCUCGUUGCGUCUGCGAAAAUGUUGGGCGGGAAAUUGUCGUCGCUGUCUUGUGAUUCGAGGGGAUAGUUUCUUAAUCGGUGUCGCUCGCUCAAUCAUCAGCGUUAACAAUCCACGUUGGCUCUUAAUUGAUUUUCGACGACCUGCAUUGUCGAGCUGCUGUUUUGUAUUGACAGCAUAGGCGUGCGCAGGGUUCCCCUUCAGGGGGGGGGGGGGGGCGAAGGUUCAUCGUGGCGCCCCCCCCCUCCCUAUUAAGUCAAUGUGUGGGCCAGACAUUGCGCCCCCCUCUUCAAAGGUGACUAAGGGGGGCGGCCGCCCCCCUGCCACCCCUCUGCGCACGCCUAUGAUUGACAAUUCGAUUCUCGAGAAGUCAAAGCUGAUAGCUGGCCUUUUUGUUUUCUUUGAAUGCCGAUUUUUUCGAUAGGUGGCACAACGUAAGGCUGUUAAAGUUGUUUGAUUGCCACAAUUAGGUAACAACACGUCGCUGUUAUUGUUGGCUGAUAUUGUUUACUGCUAUGUAGACACUGAUGUUUCGGCAAGUUGUACCUCUAACUACGUCAUAAACUGCGACGGUAUGCCGAGGUAGCGUUCAAUCCAAACUCACUAAACCGUUCACUCUCACUGGACGAACGCCACGCGUUGACUGUGCAGUGUGACGGCAAUGUCUCUCAAUUACUUUGUAAAAAGAGAACAUUAUUAUGAAUGCUUUGUUCGAAUUCUGAGUAUAUAUUAAAGACGGGAUACACUUCAAAUCAUAUGAAAGUCAAAUACAAGCAUGGCUGGCAAUGGAGCAAGUACUAGCCACAAGAUAACGCGAAAGAUAAUGAAAAUCAUUCGUAGCAUUUCUGAUGUGAUACGCUUUUCAUAAUUCAUUAUUUUGAUAUGCAUUGACUAACUUUUUUCGAAGUUUUAUUUCUACUCGGGAAAUGAUGAAUGCUUGCCAUCGGCACGAACACAUUCACGAAAAGCUAGAUGUCAGCCGGCGAUUGUGAACGCUUACGGAGUCUAUGUUCUUCCAGUAUGGCACACUUUAUGGGCAAGGGGCCUCAGUAAGGACUCCAGAUUCAGUUCCCUCUAGUAUAAGUGACCAUUUCGCCAGUGUUUCCAGACAUUUGUUGCCUCUGGCAAUCUGUUCAGCUGCGUGUUUUAGUCAUUCGGCAUGCCAUCAUGAGCUUCAGUUUUUGUCUCUUCUCGGUUACUCAUGAGAACGUAAAUUCGUGCCAUAAUCGUGCCGGCCUUGUUGCCACUCCAUUUGUGCUUUCGAAGUCAGCCUCACGUAAGAGUUUGCUGCUCCGUACUUCAAGGUUAUAGCACUUUUCUAGUCAUGAACGUUCUCUUGGGGAAGAAAACGUAUUGCCUUAUAUGUUUAUAAACUGAUGUAUUUGAGGUUCACUGAGAAUUCGUAACGAGGCACCCGUACAGUCGUUCCGGAUGCUAAUGAGGGGCUUUAUCGUCUAAUUAAGCUUAAGCCGGAGUAUCUGUCGUAGCCGGUGCGCGCCGCUUCUCUGAAACUGUAUACGUACGACCUGCGUGCGGAGCCACGAAUUGUUCUGGCUGUUUGAACACAGUCGUCGAAGUGAUCGGAUAGUUUCAUUCUUCUGUCGUUGCAUUUUCCGCCAAACAUUUGUGUUGAUGCUGCGCGACUGCUCGAGAAAGCCUAAAUAUUCCCUUCAAAUGUUGAUGGUUAUCAGGUGUAAAUCAGGUUGUGUUAAUGUAUUAGUUAACGGAGCCCGCUUCAAAUUCGUGACAGAAAGGGGCUAUUUAUAGCCUGAGAAACCCGCGUGCGAUUCUCACCGUUCCAUUUGUUUUCUUUUCUCUAUUUUCUUUUUCAUAUUUCCCCCACUCCACCCUUCCUUAUCACCAGGCAACAAGAUGUCACGUUCGUGCGAGAAGCACACAUCUCUGAGGCCAGGUCGACGCUUCAACACUCUCUCAAUGUGAUAUGACAGAAGUCUAUUCCCUAGUCUUUCCCUCUCUAUCUAUCUAUCCAUCUCUCUCGCUCGUUUUCUCUUACACCACCACCGCCCACGCACUGUCGCUCUACGUACCCCUCCCCGACAUCCCUCUACAGCUAAUGUACAUCGCGAGCCGCCUUGAAAAACGUAGUAGGUAGUGUGUUAUACAAGAACGUCUCUAUAUCCCUCUAGCGGCGCAUUGAAGAGAAAAAAGAGAAAAUGCCUUGUUUAGAUUCCUCUCGUGAAUACAGAAGCUCUAGGAUGUGCUCAUCUGUUUGCGACUAGACAGCGCUUAGACGAUAUGCGUCAAGUGAGAUAAUGUCUCAAGGGUGUUUGUUGAAAUCAUUGCAGCACGGCUUAACGACCACAAUCGUGUCCGAUUCGCGCAAUCGUCUGUCGAUCACUGAUCAGGCUCGCGAUGGCGUGCCAGCGUUACUUACCACACUAUAUUUAUUAUUGCAAAGGACAAAAAAAAAUCGGUCAUUGAUGUCGUCCUUCAUGGCUGCCCCUUAAAGGGCCCCAAAACGAACUCUGAAUAUGCUAAAAACAAGCGCGUUAUUUUUUUAUGGCGUUUCUCGUCUUUUCGGCACAAUUCGUGACGGCAGCAGUCUGUUCAUCCGACUUCAUGAGGAAAUAGGCUUUCGAUUGGUCUAUGUACGAGGGAUAUAAGUUGUGAAUUGUCUCCUACCCUGCUUUGCCAUGCAGUCGCACGCCCAUUCUGCCUUGUCUCGCAUGACUACCGCGCGCGAUCAACUGAUUUGACUUCGCUUUGUGCGUUUUCGACUGCGCAAGCGGAGAUAACAGCGUGUAGUCGAAAAGCGUGAAGCCCUUAUAGGCACAACGCUUAGUGCCUACAUCGUCCGCGUGUUUUAUGAAUAAAUACGUGGCGAGGAGGAGAUAGCGCCUGUAGGAGGGGUAGGGAAGGCGAGAAAGAAAACACACACUCGUCUUUCAACUCGGAGUGGUUUAGGGGCCCUUUAAAUGUUCGCAAUUGUUACGUAAUACUGCGGGAUCGCAUAACACCGCCUCAACAGUGAGUGUUCGUCCACCAUCGGUUCGCGAGCUGAUUUUUCUGUACAUACGCGCGGAGCCGGCGCGCUGUUAUCCCGGAAAAAAGUUCUCGCGCUCGCGGAAAAAUUCUGGUUGUGAAUGGAGGCGGUUCUGUUGUGCAUUCCACAACCGGAACAGGAGCAGGCACUUUCCUAUCCCUUAUGAACAGCGGAAUGAAAGCGAACUUAAAUAAAAAAUAAAUUCUGUUCUUUCACGUGCCAAAACCACGAUACGAAGCGCGUUGUGGUUGACUUCGAAUUACUUUUGUUCGCCUGGGGUUUCUCUAACACGCACCUAAAUCUGAGUACACGGAUGUUCUUGCACUCCGCGUUCAUAUAAUUGCGGUCGCCAUGGCUAGGGAUCGAACCCGCGACCUCGAGCUUAGCAGCGCGACGCCUUUAUUUGCUAAGCUACACGCCGAGUCACGAAGGCGAGUACUAACAUUCGUCUCAGCGACAUCGCGACAGCCAACAGUAAAGCAGGACGUCAAACUAGUUGACCUCUGUGGGUGUGUUUGCGAGAAACAGAAUGAAAUUAGGCAAGGUCGCAACUCUGAGUGAGUUAAUACUACUUUUCGUAAACCAUUACUAACGUUAGGCAGAGGACGCUAGUAAACGCUCGUUACUGUUGCCGACGAAACCUUGGGAAACUAGGACCUCGAAGCCACGGCUUUCCUUAUCGUGAAACACAAUCUUCAAGUGUUCGAGGAAUCUGCAGGAAAAUAAAACAAUCAAUACAACGGAUGCUCUCAUCCCGCUAACUCCGUGGGAGCUCUCAAAAAUCAAAUUAAUUUAGGAGGUUCAACAUUACAAAGCGCCGCACGACGUUUGUAGACACGUCCUGUCGGCCUUCUCUCGAUCAAUACUGACGCGAGAGCUGAAUACAAGUUAAUAAGCACUGCUUUAUCACAAAGGUCAAAUUAGUUAACACCCGUUGUUGUUGUUUAUUAGACGACAAAACAUUGUGGAACCAGGACUUUGAAGCGGCGGCUAUCCGCGUAAUCAAAGGUAAACUUCAAGCGACCCACAUGAUAGGAAUCGCAAGCCGUGCGUUCCCUUGUCGCUGUGCAGUCACGUUGUCUGUCUAAAUGGGGGCCAUUAACGAGGACAGCCAGCGCCAACAGAAUUGAAAACUAAUCGCAGUGAUCCGUGCGAACUAAGGUCUAGUUUAAAUAUUUUAGUUAAAGGAAACUCUUGCUCUGUAGCGCCAUGUCAUAUCAGAGAAACACUGAGCUGCACGUAUAGUUAAGAAGUUAAGACCACAGCUACAGUUCUCCUAAUAAGAUUACUGGUACAUGAAGGACGCAGGCCAUAGAGCUGGGUCACGAAGCAGCUGUAUCCAAGCAAGUAAGCCAGAUAUAAAAGAACGUGCGCUGUUAAAAGGCAAGGACGUGCCUAGUCUAUUUUCCUUUAUCCCGUCUCUACGUCCUUUUAUCUUUUUUUAUUAUUAUUUUACCUCGCUGCGCCCUAUUCCUCAUUUUCAAUACAUCACCCCCCCCCCCUGAUAUUCGCGGCAUGAUGUCGAGGAUCCUCUGAUUUGGUAAAACUAUAUUAAGAAGGGUAAUAAUGAUUAUCGUAGUUAAGCAAGUAUUGUAUUGAACGGAAGUCGUGAAGCAUAUUCAGUGGGAUGUGGGGCAGAGAAAAAAUAUUGCACUCUGGGAAUUUUUCCCGACUUGGGCCGAUCUAUUUCUUUUCUCCCAGCACUAUCGCUGGAUUUUUUUUAGGUAUUUUGCUGGAUUAUCCUGACAGCUGCUUCGCUAUAUAAAAAGUUUCCUGAUCUGGUAAUCUGCAGGUAUAGUACUACUGAACAUAGUUCCAGCUCUGAUUACAGCAAACAGAAGCCUUAUUAAUUGAUGCGAUACAUUGAUGUGCCAUGCAUUCAUAUGCGAUGCGUUGAUAUGCAAUGCGGCGGAAAUUUCUACAAAAUCUUACGCUUUUUGCAUGCCUUAAAUUUUUUUUUCUGCUCGUCGACAGAAGCUUGCAUUCAACAUCAAGACGUGACCACGCAUGCAGCAGCCCCCAAGUGUUGUUUACUAGGUGUCUCGUAUUUUCCCGGUUAUUCCGCUUUCCACCUCCUUUCACAUAGCGCCAACGUGAACUUGAAUUUUCGUACCCUCUAGAGUGUGUUUUUUUUCUUUGCACCACGUUGCUCUGUGGCCUCACGAGAGUGAUGACCCCGUUGCAUAUUUUUUCGUCUCAACCUCCGCUGUGAAGAUGUGUCCGCCAUGUUUGUGUACGCUCGCGUGAGUUCGCAUAAGCUCGACCAAAGAGCCAGCCGCGGCAUCCCGCAUUCUCUCGUCUGCUAGCAGCCGUGUUCCCCGAAUGCACGCCCUUCUCCUUCUGGAUAUUGUGUUACGGAGAUUGCAUGGAGUGCGACGAGCGCACAUACUGAAGAAACACAAAAAGAUGUCUACGUACGUACGUGGUGUGUGGUUGUAAAUAUUAUGGCGUAUAUAUUUGUACAUAGGCAUAUACAUAUAAUCUAUUUUUCUUGUGCUUCGUUCGCUACUGUACAUAAGAUCACGCUCCUAAAGAAAACUGAUGUCAAUGGAAGAGAAGUUGGUUGCGUAAAGGCAAAUAAACCUGCCACAUUUUU